AUGGACUCUACAGAUCGCUUCCGCCAACCUGGCCUUAGCAACUACCCAUCAAUAGGCCAACAGCAGUACAAUGGCUCUCAAAACCAGCUGCCCACACUGCCGCCUCUGCAGAGUGGCGGCCAGUACCCGUUGUACGGCCACAAUAGCAACCCUCACACGCCCCAGCCGCCGCACACGCCUGUGACCUCUGCCGCCAAUGGCAGUUCCACCAUGCCACCGCUGCAGCACCCGCCGCUGCGACCUCUCCAACCCACGCCGAGCUCGUACCUGCCUAUGUCUUCGGCCUAUUCGCAGGCGCCUAUGCUGUCCACAGCAUCUGCGCAUACCAACGGCCACCAACUAGGCGGUCCUCCUGGCAUGGGAGGAUUGGGACACGCGUCCAUGUACGCCCACCCUCCUGUGCUCCCCAACCAGGAGCCGGAGCCUGUGCACGUCGUCGGCCAGCAAGGUCGUCGCGGAGUAUUGCCUACACACCCCGGUAGGCCCGCGCCAGCUGCAGGCAAGACGCCCACUACUGCUACCAAGAACGCCGAGGGCAAGUAUGAGUGUCCUCACUGCAACAAGACGUACCUGCAUCUGAAGCAUCUCAAGCGCCAUCUGCUGCGACACACCGGUGAACGACCCUACCAGUGCCAUCUCUGCAAGGACACCUUCAGCAGAAGUGAUAUCCUUAAGCGCCACUUCCAAAAGUGCUCGAUACGAAGGGGCAACCCAACCGGCGCGAACCACCUCCAGCACGCGCAGCAGCAUUUGCAGAAGAACAGGCAGCCCAGCGGCGCAGACCAGAACUCGUACCUUAACCACAUUGGUGCUAAUUCUAUGUCUUACGCUGAUGCUGGAGGUUACACUAUGGGUUUGCCUCAGAUGCCUGCGAUGGGCGGCAAUGGCUUCAACGACAGCCUACCUUCGCUUGCCAACCAUCACCAGACCAUGUCUGCGCGCACAUCUCGUUCCAACAGCUUGAUGCGCCCUAGCAGCGGAGUCGAGGACAGCGCGCAUCGCAGGAGCAUGUCGGCUAUGGACUUUGCGAACAACAGGAUGAACUUCAACGACUACCGCCCGGAUGGCGUUCCCAAUGGCUAUGCGCAACAACAGCAACAGCAGCCCCAGCCCACUGCCAACGGAUCCGAUCCAAACUCCCACUACAACUAUGACCACGCCUCUACAAAUGGUUCGAUGGCGCAGAAUGGCAUGACCGUCAAGAGCGAGGCUGCCGACCCUGCUUCCUACGGAGGAGUCUCGACCCUGCCUAACGUGGAUGGCAUGCCCAACGGCCAGGAUGGCUCACUGUGGCGGAACGGAUCGUUCAACGGCGAUAUGAAUAAUUCCAGUACGGCAGGUGGCCCAACCUUUCAAAAAUCGGCCCAGUUCUGA